AGUGUUACAGAUUCUAAAAAGUAGAUAAAAUAUUCGAAUGAAAAUUUAAUUUUACUAUUCUCUAGUAACAUUAAUGACUAAUAAAUAUUCGAAUUUAACCCCGCCCCAGUAUAUUCCAAUGGUUAGGAUUCCAAGAAAUGAAUUUGUGAAGUAGAUUAACAGAAAUAAUGUAAAUAAUUGUGAUGGCUGUACCUGGGGGUAAUAAUAAAGGUCCAUGUUACUGGUGUUUCAAAGCAGUCAAAUGGAUACCAGUCUUAUUUAUUGUAACUAUAGUCGUUUGGUCCUACUAUGCCUAUGUCAUUCAACUUUGUUUAUUGACAGUAGAUGACUUAGCUAAGAGAAUAUUUUUUCUCAUAUUUUUCCACAUGUUCUUCUUCAUGUUUUUUUGGUCCUACUGGCAAACCAUUUUUACAGAUAUUGGAAGAGUGCCUAGUAAAUUUGCAAUUCCGGAUCAGAUUUUUGAUGCUUAUCUGAGUAGCUCUGAUAACUAUGAAAAUCAAAACCGCAUAUUAGAAAAUCUAGCUCGGCGUUUACCAAUCACAAAUGUAACUGUAACAGGAGGAGUAAGAGUUUGUGAGAAAUGCAGAAUAGUAAAACCUGACCGUGCACAUCACUGUUCUGUGUGUGGGGUGUGUGUCUUGAAGAUGGACCAUCACUGCCCAUGGAUUAAUAACUGUGUGUCCUUCACAAAUUAUAAAUAUUUUAUAUUGUUUUUGGGAUAUGCCCUUUUGUACUGUAUAUAUGUAUCCCUUACAUCACUCACAUACUUCAUUUCUUUUUGGAAGGGAGAUCUACCUGGUAUGGGGCGGUUCCACAUAUUGUUUUUGUUUUUUGUGGCAGUAAUGUUUGCUAUUAGUUUACUUUCAUUGUUUGGUUACCACUGUUAUUUAGUUAUCGAGAACAGAACUACAUUGGAAGCGUUCCGGCCACCAAAUUUUAGAGAUGUAGGACCUGAUAAGUAUGGUUUCCAUAUAGGCAGGUAUAAAAAUUUCCAAGAAGUUUUUGGAGAUGACCCAAUGAAAUGGUUCUUUCCUCUUGAUACAAGUUUGGGUAACGGGUUAGAGUAUCCUGUACACUCACGUCUCCAGCCAAGUACCUAUCGCUCAAUGGACAUCACUCCGAACAGUGAGGGAGAUGGAAUAACAUUUGCACAGCGUCAAAUGGAAGAAGACCUUGAAGGACUACUACAUGUGAACUACGAAGAUGAACAUGAUUCUGUUUGAAGUCCAAAUUUAACCUAAUAUAUUAUACAAGAAUUUUAUCCUUAAUAUUUUAUGACGGUCUAGUCACUUAUCAACAGAUCAAGAUAGGUUAAUUUGUAUUAAAUAUUUAUUUCACAAGUAUAUAAUACUGGAUGUGGCAUUAAAACUACUACUUUAGC